AUGUCAACUGCUACAAGUGGAUUAUAUGAAUGUGCCAUUGAUGUCGAGGAUCCAAACGGUUAUCACACGGGUCGCUACUUUUCAGUGACAUUGGGGAAUGAGUUUAAGGGUGGUAGAUAUCGUGUUCUGCAUAAACUUGGGUGGGGUGGAUUCGCAACUGUUUGGCUAGCGAGAGAUAACCUGACCUACUCCAAUGUGGCCCUGAAGAUUAUCAAUGUGAAUGAUAGCUCCCAUGAGUUCAAAGUUCUACACCACCUCCAACAUUCCAGCGUUGCCCAGGCAAAUGUUGGCCACCCAGGUCGUGCUUCAGUGCUCCAGCUCCUUGACCACUUUGAGCUCGCAACUCCCCACAUGGGUUUGAUAUUCCCGGUCAUGGGUAUGGACCUUCGUUCUCGGAUAGACGCCCAACACGGGCAACGCUUGCCAAAGCAGGUUGCGCUAAACGUCUGUUCCCGAGUAGCCCUCGGUUUGGAUUAUCUCUGGAAAUGCGGCAUUGCACAUGGAGCAUUCUUUCACGAAAACCCACCAAGUCACUUAUCCACUCCUUGGCAUGUGCGCGCACCCGAGUCAGUCUAUAUGCAACCUUUGGAUAAGAAUGUCGAUAUGUGGAGCGUUAGCUGUUUGAAUUUCGAAAUUAUUACAGGAAGGACAUUCAUGGAUUCUUUCUUGGCAGACCGGAUGGACAUGAUUGUUGGCUUGAAACGAGUCCUUGGACAACCACCAUCAAAGUGGCGUGACGGCUUGGAAAGCAAUGUUCGAGAUAUACUUGAUAGUACCCCCGCCAGAGAUAUGGGAUUCUACCAAUAUCUUGAACUUAACUACAACCAGGAUGAUGUUAAGCUCUUAGCUCUUGACGGCUAUGAAGACGAAGAAGGAAUUCCUAUCGAAGAAUCUGAGAAGCUGCCACCAGAGUUUACUGAGAUGGACCUGGUGUCUUUGACAGAGAUUUUAUCUGGACUGCUCAGUUACGAACCCCAAGGGAGAGGUACACCAUCCUCGCUACUCAGAGCUCUUUCUCGUCUGGAUAAGUCAUAUGAUUGA